AUGUCACUGCUGAGUCCUCCAAAGCCCGCCCCCUCUCCGCGCUGCAGCCAAUCACAGAGCUCAGCUUUACGAGGGAACUUCUUUAACAGCCAAUUGCUGUUUAUCUCUGUUGGCGCGUCAUCUAAGGAAACAUGGCGGCGCACAUUACCAAGAGCUGUGAAGCGACUUCUACCUCAGGAGAGUACUUGGCUCCAGCCCGCAGCCUGGCAGUUGUAUGCCGAAGCAUGGCGUUAUCACCAUCACUCUGCAGGCUCCUCGCUGCGCUACGUACCCCGCAGGGCGGUUCUCUACUGCCCUGGCAAUGAUGAGCGAAAAUUGAGGAAACUAGCCUCGCUGGAUGUCGACUGUGCCGUCUUGGACUGCGAGGAUGGUGUAGCCCUCAGCAAAAAGACAGAGGCCAGGGAGACCAUACCCAGGAUGUUAGUAGAACUGGACCUGGGCCGGACAGAGAAGUGUGUGAGGGUGAACUCGGUGUCCAGUGGCUUAGCUGAGGCUGACCUGCAGGUCAUCCUGCAGGCAGAGGUUCUCCCUCCUGCCAUCAUGCUGCCCAAAGUGGAAGACGCGCAGGAGGUGCAGUGGUUUGUUGACAGAUUUCAGGAGAACUUGAAAGGACGGGCACUGACAGAACCCAUUCGCCUGGUCACCUUUGUGGAAACCGCUGUGGGCCUGCUCAAUUUUAAGGCGGUGUGUGAGGAAAUCCGUCGACUUGCUCCCAAGGCCGGACUCCACCAUGACGGCGUGGUGUUCGGCUCUGAUGACUUCUGUGCCAGCAUAGGUGCCACGCGGACUAAAGAUGCCCGGGAGCUGCUUUACGCGAGGCAGAAGGUGGUCGUGACCACCAAAGCGUUUGGGCUGCAGGCCAUCGACCUGGUUUACAUCGACUACAAAGAUGUGGAGGGGCUGCGGCAACAGGCCAGAGAGGGAGCUCUCAUGGGCUUUACAGGUAAGCAGGUUAUCCACCCGGGGCAGAUCCAGGCUGUGCAGGAAGAGUUCUCCCCAAGUCAAGAGAGGGUCCAGUGGGCCAAAGAGCUCAUCUCUGCUUUUGAUGAACACCAAAAGGAAGGAAAGGGUGCGUUCACCUUCCGCGGCAGCAUGAUCGACAUGCCCUCGGUGAAGCAGGCACAGAACAUCAUUGCGCUCUCCGUUGUGGUGCCAGAAAAAUAACACAACUGGGGAAGAAACAGGAGGAACCUCACAACCAAACUCUGGUGGGAGAGGUCAAAGGAUAAAGGAACUGUUGGGGGUUUCUUGACAAAAAGUAGCACUUCAGAAGCUUCAAAGUCAUGACAUAAGUGGGUGGUUGAAAUUGUGGUUUUAAUUAAAAUUUUAAAUAAUUUUUGAAAUGUUUUGACUGUUGUUGCAGUGAAUUAAAUCUGCACAAAGCGAGCACGAGCAGCGGGUAUCUGCCCCUUGAAACCGACGAUUUUUGCCCUGUGUGGCCACUUUUCUUGGCACACUCCGCAGUGUGUGCGCCAUCAUGUCACUCUCCUGCGUGUGUGUGCGCCAUGCCUCCCAUCUCUCCCAGGUCAUGAUGAAUGCUCUCCCAUCUCCUCGGUCCAGGCAGCUGGGCGAAAGGGUAAACAAACACAACAAGCCACUGUUGUGGAUCUAUUCAUUAGGCCCCUAGUCUUCCAGUCAGGCCUCAGCCCCCUGCCCAGGGCCCGACUAACAAACAUCAAAGUCUUGUUUGCUUUAAAAAAAAAAAAAAAAAAGCACACAGAUGGAAGUGCGUAAAUUCACGAUUUAGCUUUUUUGUGUCAGUCGCCUUAGUAAAGACAUGCCGCUCGCCCUGUGGCAGCUGUGAGCCUGUGGUCUUGAUGGGGAAGGCGUGUGGCGUCAGACACACCAUGACCUGUACGAAAAAUAAACACUGCAUACAUGUGCAUGCUGCGACCGUUUUCUGUACCAGAUCUCUCAUUUAACACAGAGUUAAACUUCUGCGGAUUAACUUCACCUGUUUUCAUCUUCAAAAUUGAUUUCUAAACGGUCGCUUUUCUUAAAAAAAAAAAAAAAAAAGAACUCCUAAACAAGUUCAGUAAAGUCGUUGUUUUGCUGUCACAAAUAAAAGUACAAUGGGCCUCUGUGGAGCGCCUGUGCACGUCUGACUUCCAGAGACAGUGAAGUGGGUGUGAUGUUAGAGUGAGACAGAUUAGUGGCCAUGUUGCUCCAGCAGACCAGGACCGAGGCUUUGUCUCUCUGACUGUGGAUGGGAGGAUAAUUGGGGGGGUGUUGAAUGGUUAAUAGUGCCAUUGGUGACCAUGGUAAUGAAAGGCACCAUACCUCCCCUACCCCACCUCAUCCACUCAUCUCUCCCUCUCUCUCUCUAGUACUGUAUGAUCUAUUGUGUCUGGGGCAGGACUGUGGUCGGUGCCAGGCCAGGCCAGACAAAAAAGAUCGAAACCACUCCUGCGCCCAGCCAAAGACCCCAACAGUAAGCUGUCUCUUUGGCAUUUGGCCACAUAUUUCCCUCACCCCUGGCUCACUUUUUUCUCCUGUCGGGAAUUCACAUUCAGCUUGUUUGUUUGUUUUCACCCAAUCUACCAUUAUACCCGGAGGUUGGUGGACAAAACUGCGAUUAUGUGUGACUUUCAUUAAAUAAAUCCACAAACAUUGUUUGGGCAGAGCCUUUUUUUUUUUUAAGAGGCUCUGCCGCCGCAUCUCGAAGCUGGACAUCGUAGAUUGCAUAUAUAUUUUCCAGAGAGAUGAUGCUUCUGCAUGUCAGAAUUUGUAGAUUGUGAGUAGCCUGAUUGCUUUGAACAUAAUGUGUCUUGUUUUGGGGUGUUGUCAUUAAAAUGGGCUAAAACUUAUAAACACUUUAUUGUGACUCUCUAAACUUUGUUUCAUUCAUUAUUUGUUGCAGCUAUGUCUUAUUUCAAAUCUGAAAUUAAUGCAGAAAAAGUUGCAGCAUGAAAAAUGACUUUGAUACCUGUAUGAAUUUGAGUGCCACCAAAUUUGACUUUUAAUUAUUCAAAUCAGUUUACGGGAGCCAAAGCUCUUAUAUUAGGACCUACUUGUACAAG